UCUUUCCUCUGUUGGCAGCGUUUUGCAGAGAGGAACAUCACCUUUCUCUCUUGUAAGACGAGAAUCGUUUUUCGAUUGAUAUUUCUUGCAUAUAUUUAUCAGCUGAUUGUUUGAUUGUCUCUGGAGUCACACAGAGAGAUGAGAGGAGCAGCUAUGAGUUUAACAGCAGCAUCAAGUGGAUUUGUCGUCCUCCUCCUCACUGUACCAGUGAUACAGGGUCAGAGGGACUGGAGAGUGUUUUACUCUCGCACUCACAUCUGUGCCUCUAAAGGAUCAACAGUGGAAAUACACUGCAGCUACAGAUACCCAUCCAUAACAAAUGGUUACUAUACUAAGGUUGAGGAAACUUUCUGGUUUACUAAAAGCAUUAAUGAUGCACCAUUGGAUCUGAGAACAGACUCAGACUACAGAGGUCGUGUGGAGUAUAAUUGUCGUACAUGGAUCAUCUGCACUCUAACAAUCAGAGACCUGAGAGAGAGCGACUCAGCUGAGUACAAGUUCAGAUUCACAACAAACCAAGGUGGGAAAUAUACAGGUGAACCUGGAGUCACUUUGUCUGUCACAGACCUCCAGGUGCUGGUGGAAAGAUCAUCAACCCAGACAGAGCUGAAGUGUCACAGCAGCUGUAAAGCAGCUGAUCGUCCUUCAUAUGUCUGGUACAAGAACGGACUGAAAAUGAAGGAGGAAACAUUUUCCCUUAGAGUCUCUGCUAAUGAUGACAACAGCUAUUCCUGUGCUCUUAAAGGACAUGAGGAUCACCGCUCCCCUCCAGUGUAUGCUCCAAAGCUUCUCACUGUGUCAGUGAGUCCCUCUGGUGAGAUAGUGGAGGGCAGUUCAGUGACUCUGACCUGUAGCAGUGAUGCUAACCCAGCAGCUAAUUACACCUGGUACAAGGAGAAUGACCGUAAACUUCCCAGUCAACAACCACAGCUCUUCUUCUUCAGCUCCAUCCAGCCCUCUGAGUCUGGAGAGUAUUACUGUACAGCUGAGAAUGAGAUGGGGAGGAGGACAUCAGCACACGUCUUUAUUGAUGUAAAAUAUGCUCCAAAGCUUCUCUCUGUGUCAGUGAGUCCCUCUGGUGAGAUAGUGGAGGGCAGUUCAGUGAAUCUGACCUGUAGCAGUGAUGCUAACCCAGCAGCUAAUUACACCUGGUACAAGGAGAAUGAAGACUCACCAAAAGCUUCAGGACAGAUCUUCACCAUCACUGACCUCAGACCUGAACACAGUGGGAAUUAUUACUGUGAAGCCCAGAACACAAGAGGACGUCGUAACUCCACCUUAAAUCUGACUGUUGUAGCAGGUAAAUCAGUAUUAAUGAUUAAUAUCAUCAGGUUGACUCUGGUGGUCCUGAUGCUGAUUCCACUGGUCGUCUUGAGUCUGUGGACGAGGAAGAAGAAAACUCUGAGUUUAAACUCUGAACCAAAUGAAGCUGUAAAGAUGAUGGAGGUAGACUCUUGUCCUGGUUAUGAGAACAGCACCACUGCAGCACAGACACAAGAACCAGAGGAGCAGGAAGACCUGGUGUGAAGUUACAGUCAGAUGAUGUUGAAGCAAAGGUGGGACUCACCUGGUGGAAACAGGAAGUAGAACAACAUUGGUUCCAGCUUUAAAGAUUUUUCUGUUCAUUUUUCAUCUUAUUAUUUUAUUUAGCAGCUAUGAAGACAGAUAAAGUUAAAAUCUGUUCUUUUGUUGUGAUUAAUUUUCCUCAGUUUUGUCUCUAUAUGGAUGAAAUGUGCCACAGUGCAGUAGUUUAUUAGUAUUCAGGAUGUUACUGAUAUGAAGAUGCAAAGACAGUUUUUAUUGAAGAGGACCUGAACUUCCUGUAAAUCUCUGGGGUCACUCAUCAAAGCAGAAUGUAGUUCACUAAAUGUGAAACCUUUUCAGAAUAAAAGUCCAUUGUUGACAGUGUGUGCAACACCCUAAUUAUAAUUUGAAGAGUUUACCAUUGUAAUAUGUCAAAGAUGUUUGUCAGCAGUGUGAACUAAUGACACGUCCGGAACUUAAUCUCUGUAAAUAACUUAAAGUGUAAAUAGUUUCAAUCAUAAAAUGUGAAAAUAAAGCACCAACAGUAAAUGUGA